AUGGUUAUAAGUGGGGCUACUAACCACAAGGCGCCCUGCCUUACCCAAGGAAGUUCCCCUGGGAGCCCCGGCGGAAGGCCCGUGAAGGUCCCCGAGGGAUCAAGUUGGGCAGAGAUCAGGGUUGCUGAGAAGCGGCCCGGGGGACGCACAGGUGUACCUCCCAGAGGGCGCGGCGGCGGGCCUCCUCUCAGGGCGCCCCUUGUGCCAGGUUUCCGUCAGAUAGCCCUGAACAAGGUGGCUGUCCUGCUGCUGGCGGGCGGCCAGGGCACGCGGCUGGGUGUGACCUACCCCAAGGGCAUGUACCAAGUGGGGCUGCCCAGCCAGAAGACCCUGUACCAGCUGCAGGCUGAGCGGAUCCGGCGUGUGGAGCAGCUGGCGGGCGAGCGCCACGGGACCCGAUGCACUGUGCCCUGGUAUAUCAUGACCAGCGAGUUCACCCUGGCACCCACGGCCGAGUUCUUCAAGAAGCAGGGCUUCUUCCUCCUGGACCCCGCCAACGUGGUCAUGUUUGAGCAACGCAUGCUUCCUGCGGUGGACUUCAGCGGCCAGGCCAUCCUGGAGCGGAAGGACAAGGUGGCCAUGGCGCCAGAUGGCAAUGGGGGGCUGUACCGUGCCCUGGAGGACCACCAGAUCCUGCAGGACAUGGCGCGCCGUGGCGUGGAGUUCGUGCACGUCUACUGCGUGGACAACAUCCUGGUGCGGCUGGCCGACCCCCUCUUUAUCGGCUUCUGUGUGCUGCAGGGUGCGGACUGUGGCGCUAAGGUGGUGGCAAAGGCGUACCCGGAAGAGCCCGUGGGCGUGGUGUGCCUGGUGGAUGGCGUGCCCCAGGUGGUGGAGUACAGCGAGCUCAGCCCCGAGAUGGCGCAGCUGCGGGCGCCUGACGGGAGCCUGCUGUACAGCGCGGGCAACAUUUGCAACCACUUCUUCACCAGAGACUUCCUGCAUGCCGUUAUCAGGGAGUUUGAGCCCUCGCUGCAGCAGCACGUGGCCAUCAAGAAGGUGCCCUUUGUGGAUGACUCGGGCAACCUGGUAAAGCCACUGAAGCCCAACGGCAUCAAGUUGGAGAAGUUCGUGUUCGACGUGUUCCCGUUCGCUAAGAACUUCGUUGCUUUUGAGGUGGGGCGGGAGGAGGAGUUCUCACCACUGAAGAACUCGGACUCCGCAGCCAGGGACAACCCAGCCACUGCCCGGCGGGCCCUGCUCUCCCAGCACUACCUCUGGGCCCUGCGGGCUGGUGCCCGCUUCCUGGACACCCAUGCGGCCCUGCUCCCUGCAGCGCCCAAGUUGUCUGAAAGCGAAGACCCUCCGGCCUGCUGUGAGAUCUCCCCCCUGGUGUCCUAUUCAGGCGAGGGCCUGGAGGAAUACCUGCGGGACAGAGAAUUCCAGGCUCCCCUCAUCCUGGAUGAGGCCCUGGCCCAGGUGCUAAGGCCCCAGGACUCCUGACUGGCAUCUGUUGGGGACAUGGCUUCCCUUGGCAGGGGGCUCCAGGCAGGCUCCAAGGGACUAAGCAAAGAACAUCUUGCUUUCCCUGGGAGGGGUAGCUUCUCCCUCUCAGUUCCAUGGCCAGAGGAUGGCUCUCGGGUACUCCUGCUGCCCUGGGGUGGGGACAAGGACUCAAGACCUUGGCAUUUGGGCUGAGGGGCAACAGCAUGCAGGGCCUAGGGGUGACCAGCAGGGCUGUCCCUCCCCUGUUGCUCCAGAGACGGUGCUGCCUGUGGGGUCUGGAGGGCUAAGGUGAAGAGCUACUCCUUCCCCUGAGGGUCCUUGAUGUGCUCCCAGCCGGGCGGGGGGCUUUCCUCAGGUGCCUGUGUGAGGGGGCCAUGUUUGGUUGAAGCGCUUACUGGGCAGCUCCUGCCCACCAAGCAGAACGAGACCAACCCCCUUGCAGAUAACAGGACCUCACAAGGGGGGACCCCACAGAGGAGCCCCGGGGCCCCUCCCAAUACCCUGUUGCUGUGCUUGAGAAGCAUGCCCCCUCCUCUGGCUCUGCAGACCACGUCCUCCUCAGUCUCCUGGGUGCCUUGGCUGCCCAGUCACCAAGGUGCUGAGAGGUUGGGGCUGACCAGGCCAGAAGCCCCCUCGGGGCCCUUCUUUCUGGCCACACUUGGUGCUCAAGCUAUUCUCCGCCCUAGUGCCGGUAGGCGGUGGCCUUGCUCCUGGCUAUGCCCCUGCCCCAUGACAGAGGGCGGCCUCACCUCCACGGAGUGUGGCAUAGACUGCUAAGUCACCGCCCCCCACCCAGACCCAUCCCUGCACCUUUCCCAGGGUCCCUCCUCUUCCAAGGUGGGGGAAGGACCCAGGUGAGACCACCAGGUCAGUCUUGGCUGCCACUACUGACCCAAAGCCUGGAAGACUGAGUCCACCGAGGCCCUGAGUCUCCCCUUGUGCCCUAAUGCCCUCUCUGCCUUGCUGGCACCUGCCCCCAAAGCUGCUGCUCACCACAACUGGAGCCAGCAUUCCCCCUUGACCACAUCCUGGGGCGUCAGCAGCUUUGGGGGAGGAAGGAAGUUUCCCAUGGACUUUCUGUGCCAGUGAGCUUCCUGGUGAACUCUUGGAACAACCUGGCUUUGACUUCUGUUCAAGCGCCUCCUGAAGCCGCAGGGACAGUGCAGGCAGGUCCCGGGAACCAGCCCGUGGCUGCCCCUUCCACAACGGUGGUGCCACGCAACCGAGCAACCCAACGGCCAGGUGGUCAUCCCAAUUGCUGUCACGUGCCUAUGGAAAGGGACACACUUGUCCCAUCAACAACGGUGGCUCACAGCCAACCCCCUCACCCGCCCCCCCCAUCCCUAACCCCUGCCACAGACCUGGUAUUGGUCGGUUUUAAAACAGAGAAAAGCACAAAACAUCUUAAUAAAGAGUGCUGUACUUGGG